UCUGCUCCUCCGCCCGUCCGCAAGGGGGCGCUGCGGCCCCGGCAGCGGCACCGGCACCGGGAGCGGAGCCGGGAUCGGGAUCGGGAUCGGAGCCGGGAUCGGAGCCGGGGUGUUCCCGCAGCCCUCCGCCCGGCCCCGGGACCGGCAGGAGCCGCACGGAUUUCUUUCCCACAGGAGUUUUGGGGCAGAGCCAUUCCCGACGCUGCGUUCUGGAUCCAAACGGGGCUUGUGGGCUGCAGCUCUUUUGAAGGCUCUGCUCUGUCACAAGCCCAGGUUUCCCAAACUGGAAGGAGAAUUCCCCUGGCAUCGGAGACUCCUGUGGAAGUUCCUGGGUGUGGGAUGGAGCUGUGGAGCAGGGCAGACCCCCAGCUCCGAGAGGUCGUGUGGUUCGCCCUGCGCUGCCGGGCCCUGGCACUGCUGCUGCAGGCCGUGUUUAACCUGCUGAUCCCGGAUCACGCCGCCGACGCCUUCUCCCCGCCGAGGCCGGUCACGCAGGGCCCGUGGGACGCGCUGGUGGAGCGGCUGCUGGGCGGGCUGGGCCGCUGGGACGCCGAGCACUUCGUGUUCAUCGCCGAGCGCGGUUACCUGCUGGAGCACAACUGCGCCUUCCUGCCGCUGUUCCCGCUCUGCCUGCGGGCGCUGGCCGGGCUGCUGCCCUGGGCCUCGCACCUGCAGCCCCGCAGCCGCCUGCUGCUGUCGGCCGCGCUGCUCAACGCGCUGCUGGCCCCGCUGGCGGCCGCUGCCCUGCUGGGGCUGGGCCGGGCCGUGCUGCGCCAGCCCCGCCAGGCCUUCCUGGCCGCCCUGCUCUUCUCCGUCAGCCCCGCCGGCGUGUUCAUGGCAGCCGCCUACUCGGAGAGCGCCUUCGCCUUCCUGGCCUUCAGCGCCAUGUGGCAGCUGGAGCAGGGGCACAGCUGGCUCAGCACGCUGCUCUUCUCCUUGGCUUCUGGGGCCCGAGCCAACGGGCUGAUCAACGCCGGCUUCGUCCUCUACGCCCGCGGCAAGCGCUUCGCCCUGCAGCUGCAGCUGGGAUCGGCGUCCCCAAGGAGGCUCCCCUGGCUGGGGAAGCAGCUCCUCAGCCUGGCAUCUUCAGCAGCUCUGGCGUGUGCCGGCAUUUUCCUGCCUUUUGCCUUGUUUCAGUACUAUGCCUACCUGAGGUUCUGCAGCCCUGGCACAGACCUGGGUCAGGCCGUUCCCGAGCCGCUGCUGCAGCUGGCACGGGACAAGGGCUAUCGUGUGGCAGGCGUGGCUGGGGAAAAGCCCCCCUGGUGCUCCCAGCGCUUCCCUCUGGUCUAUUCCUAUAUCCAAGAUACCUACUGGAACGUGGGCUUUCUAAGGUACUUUGAGCUCAGGCAGAUCCCGAAUUUCCUGCUUGCUCUGCCCGUCACCCUUCUGGGCUCAUGGGCUGCCUGGACCUACAUCAGCACAAACCCCCGGCACUGCCUGACUCUUGGUCUAGAGAGGAGUAAGAGUGAAGAGAGGGGAAAGGCAAGAGAUGGAUUUUGUGGCCCUGCUGUCUUCGUGUACGUGGUGCACAGCACGGCCCUGCUGCUGUUCGGAUUCUCCUGCAUGCACGUGCAGGUGCUGACCCGGUUCCUCGGUUCCUCCUCUCCCAUCCUGUACUGGUUCACAGCUUACCUGCUUCAGGAGCAUGAACCUUUACUCUGGAGCACAGGGACUGAUAAUCCAACCUCUGGGAAGCCUCUUCAGGGUAAACCUCACAGUUCCCGUGGGAAAGGGACCUCGGACAACCCCAUUGUGAGGCUGCUGCUGAACUGGCGAUCGAUUACCCCCCUCAGCAAGAGCAUCCUGGGCUUCUUCCUGGGCUACUGGCUGCUGGGGCUGAUCCUGCACUGCAACUUCCUCCCCUGGACAUAGCAGGCUGUGUUGGCACAGACCUGCAGUGGGCCAGGAGCUCUGCUCAGAGCUGAAACUCACC